AAGAAGAGGGGCAGAAGCAAACAGCAGCAGACCAGCUCGAGCCCGGCUGGUGUUGCACAGCUGUGUGCUGUGAGACUCUUUAACAGACAUUAAAGUACAAUAAAAAUAGAUUUAUUUUGCGAGGGUUUAGCUACAUGAUUUAGCUAUUUGUUUUUUAACUUCAUGGCGGAGACGGAAGAACAAAACUCCACAGGAGGCCGUGUCUACCCAGUGACUCGAUAUGGCUCCACAGACGGCAGCGGAGAGCAUGGAGAGCACCAGCAGAGCAACAACCACAGCAUCCACAGCAACCAUCAGUUCACCUCGAUGUCGGGCCACUGGGUCGGCAUGGAGCGGGACGAGGCGGACAUUCGCCGCAAGCUGAAGUACUUCUUCAUGAGCCCCUGUGACAAAUACCACGCCAAAGGUCGCAAGCCGUACAAGCUGGUCCUGCAGCUGCUGAAGAUCAUUAUUGUCACCGCUCAGCUGGUUCUGUUCGGCCUCAGUAACCAGGUGGUGGUGACCUUCAAAGAGGAGAACACUAUGACCUUCAAGCACCUCUUCCUCAAAGACUACGACGAGUCCUCGGACGAUUCCUUAGCGGUUUAUACGCAGAGCGAUGUCUACGACCACAUCUUCUACGCUGUGGAGCAGUAUCUGGCCCUACCAGAGACCACAGUGGGACGAUAUGCGUACGUGUACGGCGUCGGGUGGAACGGCAGCGCCCUCUCCCUCUGCCAGCAGUACUACAAGAAGGGGAGCAUCGACCCAGCUAACGACACCUUCACCAUAGACCCCCACGUCCUCACAGACUGUGUAGGUGUAAACCCGCUCUCCAUGCCUCCGGGUCAGUUCACUGAAAGCUACAAGAACUUUACACUCAAGUUCCACAAGUUCAUCAACGUGACCAUCGAGUUCCAGCUGAAGGCGAUCAACAUACAGACCAUCAUCAACAACGAGAUCCCCGACUGCUACACGUUUUACAUAAAGAUCGUCCUGGACAACAAGGCUCACAGUGGGAAGGUGAAGAUCCGAUUAGAAAACAAGUCUUUCAUAAAGGAGUGUAAAGACCCGAGCAUCUCCGGACACGCUGAGAGCUACACACGCGUGGCGUUCGAUGUGGCGGUCGCUCUGGUGUGCCUGCUGUCGCUGCUGCUGUGUGGACGAUCCAUCCUGCGAGGCAUCAUCCUGCAACAGGAGUUUGUUCAGUUCUUCAAAGACACUCUGGACCGUAAGGUGUGCUGGGCAGACCGGAUGGAGUUCAUCAACGGCUGGUACAUCCUCCUCAUAGUCAGCGACAUGCUCACCAUCACCGGCAGCAUCAUCAAAAUCGGCAUCGAGACUAAGAAUAUGUCCUCGUAUGACGUGUGUGGCAUCCUGUUGGGUAGCUCCACCCUCCUGGUGUGGGUCGGAGUCAUUCGCUAUCUCACCUUUUUCCAGAAGUACAAUAUCCUGAUCGUUACACUUCGAGCAGCGUUCCCCAACGUGAUCCGGUUCUGCUCCUGCGUGGCCGUCAUCUAUCUCGGAUACUGCUUCUGUGGUUGGAUCGUCCUGGGACCGUACCACGUCAAGUUCCGCUCUCUGUCCAUGGUGUCGGAGAGUCUCUUCUCCCUCAUCAACGGAGACGACAUGUACGUGACGUUCUCGGAGAUGCAGGAGAGCAGCACUCUGGUGUGGCUGUUCAGCCAGGUGUAUCUGUACACCUUCAUCUCCCUCUUCAUCUACAUGGUGCUGUCCCUCUUCAUCGCUCUCAUCACCGGCGCCUACGAGACCAUCAAGCAUCAAACCCAAGAACCCUUCCACCUCACAGACCUGCACGCCUUCAUAGCAGAGUGCACAGACGCACCGACCUCGGGGAAGUUCAGGGUCCUGGAGACCUCGCCGUGCUCCUUCUUCUGCUGCUGUGACAGAACGACAACGUAUGAGGACAACCUGCUGGUGAACUGAAGACGCCCUCAGUGACCUCUCAGGCCUCACUGUCCCCCCCUGCUGACCACGGGGAACCACUGCACACUCGUGACGCCCUGUCGUCUCUGUACAAACAACGCCCCGUAUCUGGGUCAGACCUCAUCUGAAGGGAGGAGCUGCAGACCCUGCAGAAGGAAACCCGUGACUACAGCCUCCCUUCUUUUCUCCCUCCUCAUGCAGAUGAAAAGACUUCAGGGGCUGGUGCAGCAUCAUGAACACACAAACAUUUCUCUGUUCCUUCUUCUUGUUUUUUUUAAAACAAAACUUAACAGUAUUUCUUUCUGAUGCAUUAAGUGAUGCAUGCCGAGACAGAAACAGGAAGUAGAAACACAGUACACAGUAGUAGUUUGUACAUGAUCCUGACUGUUGUUGUUUUUGUCUUUGAGAGUAUUUAAUAAUAGGUGACCUCGUGCAGAGCGCACUCUUUAGUUAAUAUAGAACAAACUUUCUGCAAACUUCUUGUUCAUCUUGCAUUCUGAGCACAGGAACUAGAGUCAGGUCAGUGCACAAUAAGACGUUUUAAAUUUGUGCACACUGAAGGAAACCCAUCUUUUAGUCAUCUAAGACAAUCAGGGAGACGGCUCCCCGUACACAUAUCAGAAAACAGAACAACAAAACAGGCCGAGUGGGAUUGAUUUGUUUUCCCUCCCAUGAGCCGAAGCUCCGCUAUUACGUUUCAAACCGCUUCUCUUCUCGUCGCCUGAACAAGCACCGUGUUGCCUUCUCUUGCAGAAACAGCAGUUGUUGUUGUUGUUGUAGUAUUCGUCGCUGCAUUUGUGUGUGUGUGAUGCAUUUAUCUGAUCACGAUAUUUCACCUGCUGGAGAGCUUCUCCUCAUCCACAGUGUAUGUUUCUCUAAUGAAGUACAGAGUCCAGGUGUUGUUUAGAAGUUAGAAAUGUGAGCUCAUUUCUUUGAUUCUAUAAUCGCUGAUUAGUUUCGACUAACUGUUCCCGACUUGAAGACAAAGAUUAGCAGUAAGGAGGCUGCUUUAACGAUAGUGGAAACAUAUUAUCUGCUCUGUAAUCACCGGCCUGUCACGCUGAAUCAACGUUCUCUUUAGUCCGUUUGUUGUCUUCAUAAUGAUGUCGUCUUGAACACUGUAACCUUGAACUGGAGUUUUUUCUUUUUGUACCACGUCAAACGCACAAUAGCUUAAGGAGCCAUGACAGUCUGGACUUCACCACAUGGUUAUUUACAGGAAAGUCUUUCCUUUAUUUUUCAAACAAGAAAUCAUGUGUGGAGCGAGCAGGAGGAGGUUAAAGGACGACAAAGUUUCCUCUGUGAUGUCAUGUUCAGUCCGUCAUGUUCUGUCCGUUGACAGCUUGGAUUCAGAUGGUCAAAAGUGUUGCCAAAUGUUCCCAUGACAAGCAUGUAUAUAUGAUUUAGAAUGACCUUAAUGUACUUUUCCUACAUUUGGAUGUUUUCAUGUUUUUUUAUACAAAUGAUCUGCACUGCAACAAUAAAAAGCAUGAAGUUGUCCUUCA